AUGUGUGUGGCCCCCUUUACGCCGUCUGGCCGUAUUACGUUGGAUGUCGCUUGUUUGGGCUUUCUGCUUCAGGCAAUGAUGCGCUGGAUUGGCUGGCAGGCCCAGGCCGCAGGGCUCCUGUGCGGCUGUGAAGCGCUCUCAGGCGCUGUUCCUCACACAAACCUUCUCGCCUCCCAAUCCCAUGGAUCGGAAUUGUCGGGCAGAGGCAGCACCAGUCUCUGCUGCUCCCUUCCUGUUCAGUUCAGGAUCGACAGAGGGAGGGCCAAGACCAUCUUCUCGUCAGGUCGGUCACGGAUUCUCGGAGUCUUCCGUGAGCUGCGCAUUUGGAAUAAGAUGUCCUUCUGUCAUAAGAAAAUCGACAAGGCACCUACGACGAUCCACGCAUGA